UGCUGCCACAGAAAGAAGAUAAAGAAGUAAUUAAUUCUUUGAGCUGAUCUCUCGCAGUAAAGUAUUACACAUUAUAUUCCUGUAAAUGAUUAAAUGUGUUACUUCUAUAAUAUUCACAAGUUGUUUUUUUUUUCUAUUUUAUUUUCAUUCCAAGGUAAAGUAUUUGUUGUGUGCCAAGUAAAUGGGUUACAGCAACACCUGGGUAUGUAGAGGUGCAUAUAUCCAAACCUACACUGUUGUUUUUUAUGAUACAGCACAAUUCCUCAGCAUCAUUUGAAAUGGUUUUCUCCAAAUGAAGAAAAGUAAUUACCAAAAAAGAGAAACUGGCACAAGCAAGCACAGUGGAAAAAAUAUUAUUUCUUAAUAAAAAUGAGCAAAGUCACAGUCACCAUAGUAUUCAUAAGCACAUUCCUGUCCUAUCAUUUGACAAGACUGCAGCAGUUUUAACAUAAACAUCUCAUGCCCUAUUGGAUUUUAAUUAAACAUUGAGUGAAAUCACACUGACAUUGAUAGACUUCUAUUAGCGUUACCCAAACAUUAAUCCAAAACUAAUUAGAUGAAUGAAUGAACCACAAAAAAUCAGAUUAGAUUAUUUUUAUUUCUGUUCUUAGUAUUAAUUAUUCGCAUGCUGACACUGUUGUAAGACAGCCAAAAGGCUGUCACAAAUAGUUGACAUUUGGGGUGGGGGUGCCAUGUUGUCCAUCUUUUUUACAGUUAUCGAUCUUGCCCGUUUCAUGAAACCAGACAUCUCCAUCAUCAGAGGUUUACUUCCUAACAUGUUAAAGGAGUUAUUAAAAGUUUCUUCAAACUACACAUUUGCCAGCGUUAGCAGUUAGAGAAAACCUAUGAUGAUAAUAAAUGAUAGCCACAAAUUUUGAUUAGUUUAGUUAUUUCCGAUCAGUUUCAUGAUAACAGCUCACAUAGCAAACUGCACAUACUGAUUAUUCUUAAAGUGAGUUCAGUAUCAUAUAUUUGUCUGAGCUUAUUAGGGGCUGAUAUGGGCCAAAAGACUCUGAAUGUAAAAGUAGAAUUUUUAUUGUGACUCCCAGAGAAAUUUAAAGUAGUUCACUUAGAUUCACUCAAAAAAGAAGAAGAAAAUAUUACUCUCUGGCUCUGUUCCACAGCCUGUCUUUGUCCUGUCAGACACUACGCUAGCACACUGGGUCCAGGCUCCUCCCGGUGCGUGACAGUGUGUGGCCUCAUGUUAUGAGAGGAUGCAGUUCCAGGAGGUUGCAGCAGCAGGCUGCACCUCAGACUGCCCACGAGCUCAGUGAUGCCCUGGUCCAGAUCUGGGAAUAAAUCCUCUUAAGCCACCACCCAUCGUCUCACUAGGAGAGUGCCCCUACCUUGUCAGGCAUGCAUACAAGCGGGUGGGGGACAUACAAACUAUUGAGUACUACUUUGAAUUGCUGCAGUGAAAUUUCAGCAAAAUGGACUAGCCUGACACAUAUUUUUUUCUGGGAGUUUCAAGGUGUUUUAGAAUUCACCCAUUAGUAGGCUGAUAAUUCUCAUUUGUACCAUUCAAUGUGGGGUCCUUUCUUUCCUAAAACAUGACCUAGUCAAUAUCAGUCUAGAUAUCCAGCUAGAAUCCUUUUUAAGGCAUAGCUCAGAGAUCUCUGUCUGACUGGACUGGGGAGGGUACUUAAACAUUUGGUCACAGGUUAUUUCAAGUGUGAAAACAAUUAUUAGCUUAUUACUGAUGCAGUUACAUGAUAAGGGCUUUAAGCAGCUUGUUAAAAAGCUUGACCCAAGAUAUGACAUUCCAGAAAAACAUAUUGGUAGUGGUUUCUAUUACAGCCUUGUAAUAGUAUAGUAGGAUAACACGGAGGAACAGAACAUAAUAAUGUGGUAAGUUCUAAGUUAGUACCACUCAAUUACAAAGUAAUAACCACUUAAUACUAAAGUAAUAUUGUGGUAGCAACAGUGGUUACAGUUGAGUAAUAUUACACUGAAAUUUAUGUAAUUGGAUAAUAGAGGCCUAAAACUGGGGGCAAUAAUGUGGAAACACAGCUCUGUAAGAAAGUGGUAAUAGCAGGGUAACAAGUCAGAAACAAGCAUUAAUAAUGUGUUAUUACCGCUCAAUUACCUUUGGUAGCUUAAAGGUGUGUUAUUAUUACCUAGAAACAACUGUGGUAGUUUUUACAUAAUAAGCAGAAACCAGAGCCAAAUAAGCAAAAUGCAAGGAAAGCAGGAAACAGAGUUUUGAAAUGCAAAAGUGCCUAAUAACAUAUUCAUAACCAUGUUAAUAAAAUUUUAAAAGAAACUUAAGUGUAUCUUGCAGUUUUAACAAGGGAAGCCAUUGUAGAAGUGCAUAAAACUUUUUGUUUUGUAAAACGUUUCGUAAAUUAUGGUUCCACUGAUAUCUAUAAGAAGGAUAAUGCCACUUGCAGUUGCUUGCCUUAGAGAUUGAUGGGUCACACUAUGAGUGUGUGAUGUCCCUGAAAUAGCAACAGUGAAAAUGCUCAGCUCAAGGCUUUUUGAUGGGACUUCCUAAACCAGUGGUUGUUGGGGUGCCUGGGUCGUUGACCCAGAGUUUUGAGUUUCCAUUAUUAUUGUACUUUGAUUUUUGCUUUUAUUUAUCAUUUCUAGUCUUUUGGCUUCUUUGUCAGAGUUGUGCCUUCUGGUUUCUGUUCUGUUCCAUAGUUGCUGUAUCCCUGUGUCAAGUCUGCGUCUCUGUGUUGUGUUUCCUGUUUUACUUUGAAGGUCCAUGUCUUAUGUUAAUGUAUCUGGUUUUGCUUCCCCUGUUUCAUUAGGCCUGAUUUGCCCCAGCUGUGUUUCCCAUUCCCUGAUUGCUCCCUCUGUGUAUUUAAGCCCUGUGUUUCUCUGUGUCCGUGUUGUGAUCUACCGUCAUAUAUGCUGUGUGUUCUGUAUGCCUGUGCAAAAUCUUAAACGAUGAUAUCCCACUGAAAGAGUACAAAAUCGAUGAGAAGAACUUUGUGGUGGUCAUGGUUACCAAGCCCAAACCAACCUCUCCUGCUGAAGCAGCCACUCACUCAGUUCCCACGCCAGCUGCAACUCCAGUGCCACCCCCAGCUGCAGCCCCAGCACCAGCCUCUGGCCCAAAACAGGUGCCCUCCACACCAACACACACAACGUCCGCUGCUGUACCUGCCUCACAGUCAGUGCCUCCCUCGGAAGCCCCGCCCUCUGUUCAAGAAAACACCACUGUGGCUUCUGUUGGCGCAACAGCAAAACCCACCUUGGACUCACACUCAGAAUCAGCUCUGGCCUCUGGUUCCACAGCCCCUGUUGCCUCUUCCACAGCUCCUGAAGCUGUAGAGGAAGCCCCUGCGUUAGUCCCUUCAGAUAGCCCCACCCCUGCUGCCCAGACAGAAGAAGAGCUGAGGGAAGACCCAGAGAAUGAACCAUCCGGCACAGCACCAGUCCAGUCCUCUGCUUCAAGCCUCGUUGAUGAACUGGGUCUUCUUGAAGAAGCAGCAUCAAUACUGGUGACUGGACCAGAAUAUGAAAACCUGGUGUCAGAGAUUAUGUCGAUAGGAUAUGAGCGGGAGCAAGUUGUUGCUGCACUAAGAGCCAGUUACAACAACCCAGACAGAGCAGUGGAGUACUUGCUCAUGGGUAUUCCAGCAAGGGCUAGUGAUCUACACAAUCCACAGCCAAGUAGACAUAGUACUCCAGCCAACCCCUCUACACCUUCUACAGAAGAACCGCCACAGCAGCCUCCAGCACCCCCCAGUAGGCCUGUGUCCGGCAGCCAGCCUGUCACUGCUGGAGGAGGGUCUGGCUCCAUAGGGAACCCUCUGGAGUUCCUGAGGAACCAGCCUCAGUUCCAGCAGAUGAGACAGAUCAUCCAGCAGAACCCAGCCCUCCUGCCAGCCCUGCUGCAACAGCUCGGGAGAGACAAUCCACAGCUGCUGCAGCAAAUCACAGAGCACCAGGAGCGUUUUGUACAGAUGCUGAAUGAGCCACAAGCUGGAGAUACAGGAGGAGAAGAUGCUGAUGCCCAUGGGUCACCACACACUAACUACAUCCAGGUCACCCCACAGGAGAAAGAGGCAAUUGAGAGGUUAAAAGCACUGGGAUUCCCUGAAGGUUUAGUCAUCCAGGCAUACUUUGCUUGUGAGAAGAAUGAGAAUCUAGCCGCUAACUUCCUGCUACAGCAAACAUGGGACGAUGAGUAAGCCCACAUCACCUGGCUCAUCACUGCUCAACAGAGGGCUGCAGAGUGGAUGACACCACUGCAAGUCUACCAGGGAGAAACAAGGGCAGGAGAGGAAGGGGAUAUUUCUUUUCACACCAUGAGACUGUGGCCAUUAAAUGAUGAUGAUGAUGACAUGGUGUUCAAAGUUAGUUGCGCUGCCUACUCUUCAUUCAGCUAUGAUGAUCAUCAUAGGUGCUACCACUGAGCGUUGCCUCACUGCUACUACAUCAUUACUGCUGACACUUGUAUUGAGUGACCACACUGACAGAAGUCCCACCAGUAAAUUUGCAAACAGCCUACAUCACAGACCAGCAGGAUUUAAGUUAGAGGAUUUCCUCUGCAGUGAGCUCACAGGCUGCCUGUUGAACAUGUUAAACUACUGUACAUGUGUAUAGUAAGGCAAUAUAUAAUAAAUGAGAAAAAAUGCAUUUUCAACAUGCGACCCUACAUGUUGGAGUUUCCUGAACAUUUGACUAAAACUGUUCACCUCACUGUUUGGAAGCUACUAUUCAUUUAGAUCACAGCUCAUAUUGGAUCCUCUCACUUCUGCUGCUUCUUAUGUCCAUGCAAAAAGUCUUUGCACAUUCUUUCAAAUUCUUCUAUUGGUGUCUGACCGUGUAGAUGUGUAAAGGGUGACUGAAUGUCACAGCUGGAUAGUUGAAAUGUUGACACCUAUUUAACCGUUCCCCAAAAAGGAGAAAUGAUAAAAUGUUUUAAUUGAGAUCAUUUAAAUUUUAAUUAAAUGUAGAAAUGUUAAUGUCCUCUGUCUUUUACAAGUCGAGACUAUCUCAAAGUUUUGUCUUUUUGAUGACUGACUUACUCAGUCUGUUGCAUUAAAAAUGCACAUCUGAUAAUAUCAUAAAGAGUUCAGUGCAAUUAGGGUUAGAGAAACUCAUUUUCCACAAGACACCUGUUAAGUCAGAAUGAAUCACUCACACAAGUGCAGUUAAACUGUUGUUGCCUUGUUAAGGAAAGCUCUGGGGACACUUGAUAAUAAUGAUAAUAAGGCAAAUAAAGAAUAAGUGAUGUAAUUUGUCGUCUGCUGUUGCUGCUUCUCCUCUUCCUUCUCCACCAAGCAUUUGAGGUUUUAGUAGCUCCUCCCUGGGUCUGCUCUUGUGCCCUGCAUUUUGACUUAAAGGUGGGUUGGGUUUUUUUUGUUUUUUUUCUCAGUUUUUUUGUGAUGGUGUGAUUGAGUCACUGCAGUUUGGUACUUUAUUUUAGUGUCAUUACAUUAUUAGUACAAAUUGCAUCUAUUAGUUACAUUUUUUCUUGAUGGUUUGGAUAAGUAAUAUUUUACUUUAUGUAAUAUUAGGGGCAAGGGUUAAUUUAUACAUUUCAGUCAAUAAAAUAAACUUAAGGAUGAUUCAUAGAGCAGACAAAUCCUGGAAGUGCAGAAAUAUACACGAUACUUUCUCCAGCUGACCCAAGGGAGACUCCUAUUUUUUUAUUUACUCUCAAUGAUUGCUGUUUUAAUUUGACAUUCUCACAUUUAUAUUGGAGAAAUGAUAAGAAACUGUAGGCAUUCAUUGGUCUUAUAUAAUAGAGCAGUUAACUUCACUACCCACUGAACUACAUUUGUUGUCAUUCACCAAGACAACGAGAAAGCCUUUUUAGGUUCGUACUGGGAGGGAAAACUAUGUUUAUGUGCUUUUUCUGCAUAGAAUAAACUUCUAGGAGGUUUUAACUAGUUUUUUUUUUUUUUUUACCACUUUUGUUAGAUUGGACCUUACAUUACUAUUCAUGUAGCCAUAAAGGGAAAAAAAUAUGAAAAUGUGAAACUUUCUGUCAAAGAAUCCAUGAAUUUCUUUUAAACAAUCAUUUUCUGUUCAGUGUUCUCAUAUCACAUCCUCUAUGCAUCUUGAAACUGGAAACGGGUUAAGCUGCUGUUCCUCCACACCUUACAGUCAAAGACUUCACCAUAUUUUAUUUUACAAAUAGUGUUCAUUUAAAAGUGGAAUAAAAGAAAUGGGAAUGUCAUUUUUCAGCAUCCAGUGUGCUUGUGUUUAGACACACAAUUGUUCUGUAGCGUUGUUAAUGGGAGAAACUAUGUGAGCGAGAACUUGUAUUUUGCUGUGACAAAUGCUCCUUAGCAAAAGAGUUUUAUUUAUGGCAUGCCUUUGGAUUAAGGAUUGAUAAAACUGCCAUUGUGGCAUCUCUCUGGUGUUAAUUUGUCUGUUGUUUUCUUUUUUGGGGUCUAUAAGAAUUACUACCAACCUUAAAUGUGCGAGUUGAGAAGUAGUUGUGAUGGGUUUUUUUGUUUUGUUUAUGCGUUGUGUAUAUUAAAUGGCUUUUAAAAAAUGAA